CUCCUCCUCCCGCCGCAGGUCCCCAGCGCGUCCCUCGGCGGAAGAUGCGAGGCGAGGCGGAGGGCCGGCUGUGAGCUGCGGGCGGGGGGAGAGGCCCGGCGGUGUCCCCGGAGCGGGGCCGGAGCCCCCCUCCCCCCCCUCCUCAGGCCGGCGGGUGGCGGAGGAUGCGGGUCGGGCCUCCUCGCCGAUGAGAGGGAGGAUGGGAACCCAGGGCAGCCCGGUGAAGAGCUACGAUUACCUCCUCAAGUUCCUGCUGGUGGGGGACAGCGACGUGGGGAAGGGAGAGAUCCUGGAGAGCCUGCAGGACGGGGCCUCCGAGUCCCCCUACGCCUACAGCAACGGAAUUGACUACAAGACCACUACUAUCUUGUUGGAUGGCAGAAGGGUCAAGCUGGAACUGUGGGACACAUCAGGGCAAGGAAGAUUUUGCACCAUUUUCAGAUCCUACUCUAGAGGAGCCCAGGGAAUUCUCUUGGUGUAUGACAUCACUAAUCGCUGGUCCUUUGAUGGGAUAGACCGAUGGAUAAAGGAAAUAGAUGAGCAUGCCCCAGGUGUCCCUCGGAUCCUGGUGGGAAACAGGCUUCACCUCGCCUUCAAGCGGCAGGUGCCAACGGAGCAAGCCCGGGCUUACGCGGAGAAGAACUGCAUGACGUUUUUUGAAGUCAGCCCCCUGUGCAACUUCAACGUCAUAGAGUCCUUUACGGAGUUGUCCCGUAUCGUCCUCAUGCGGCAUGGCAUGGAGAAGAUCUGGAGACCCAACAGAGUGUUCAGCUUACAGGACCUGUGCUGCCGAGCCAUCGUUUCCUGCACCCCGGUCCACCUCAUCGACAAGCUGCCAUUGCCCGUCACCAUCAAGAGUCACCUGAAAUCCUUCUCGAUGGCCAACGGGAUGAACGCGGUGAUGAUGCAUGGCCGGUCGUAUUCCUUGGCCAGCAGUGGGGGUGGGAGCAGCAGCAAAGGUAACAGCUUGAAGAGAUCCAAAUCAAUUCGUCCGCCCCAGAGCCCCCCACAGAACUGCUCACGCAACAACUGCAAGAUCUCUUAGCAGGAUGGACAUGCCGUGAGCUUCUAACGUAUCCACACCCACCCACCGAUGUACAGCUGUUUGCACACUUAACCCUUUUCGACUGGAUCCUUUUGGAUGGGCCGCGGUUGCUUUUCCAAUGGCACGCACAAGCGUUAGGAAUGGGCUCACGUUUUGGCUUCGCAUAGGAAGCGUGGUGCCGGCUGGAUCUCACAGCACUGGCAGGGAGAGGACUCUGCCAAGUGACCCUCCAAGAAUGCUUUGGGCUUUGCCUCUUGGCCUGGGGUGGAAAAUUCAGCAGCUGCUGGGUUGGGGAGGGGGGAAGGGGAAAAAAAGCUCAUCCAGUCUCAAUGGAGAAAUGGAUUUAAUGGAAGAUUGAGAGGCUUAAGGGAGUAGGCAAGGAGAGUCUCUGCUGCAACUUUAACUCUUGGACUCCUGAACAGAUUGCUGGUGCAAUAGUGAUCAUUGGAUGUAGAAAAAAAAGAAAUGGGGACAGGGGACUAAUGACAGUUUUCACCAGGAUGUUAACCUGCUGUUGCCAAAAAAAAAAAAAAACAAAAAAAAAAACAAGGCAAGGGGAGGGAAGCAGUCUGCUUGCCUUCUUCAUUUAUUUAUGUAAAUAUUAUACAUAUAUAUAUAUAUAUCACUUGUUUUUUAAGGGUUUUUUUAAGAAGCAGUCAGGGAAAAUUUUAUGCAGCCAUGUAAAUACAAGCACUGGAUUAACUUUCCCAGUGUCAGCAAAGGGGAGAAGUGGAGGAUUUUCUGAUGAAAAUAUACAGAUGCUUUAAGAGACUUUCAAUCCCCAC